AUGCAGCUGUUUGUGUUUAUCUGCCUGGUGGCUGCGGCGGCCGCAGCGCCACAGCAGUUCCUCCAGGACUUCAAUCCUCAGCAGUUUGUCAGCAGUGGCCUGCAGGCGGUGCGCAUACUCAGCCAGAGGUUCGAGCAGGACCAGGCUGGCAACUAUGAGUACGGAUAUGAACAAGACAACGGACAACAGGUGCAGGAGGUGGGCCGAGUGCUGCCGGGGUCCCAGCCAGAGACCGGCAGCAUCUCCCAGCAGGGCAGCUACCAGUUUGUUGGCGACGAUGGCAACACCUACCAGGCUCCAGCUCAGAUCCCCGAGUAUGAGCAGCUGAGGCGGGACUACCCGCAGCUGUUCUGGGCCGAGAACGGAGGCGCCGGCAUCAUUCUCAACGGCCAGCAGCAGUUCAAUCAGCAGCAGUUCGUUGGUCAGCAAUUUGACAGCCAGCAGUUUCAGCCGCUUACUCAGUUCAUCAACUAG